GGUUAAGAGAAAAUAGUACUUUUUAGUUCAGGAUUGCUAGACUAUAGCUCUCCGGAAGAUGGCGGUAGUACAACAAGAAUGACAUGGUCGUCGAUCAAUACAAUCAAAGAAGAAGACAAAGUAACGCAGAAAUAGGGUUCUGUUGUAAAAACACAAACAAGUGGCAAACCAACUACGAUUAGCUACACAAAAUGUCGAUUGUCUUUGUGCCAAAGAAACUCCGAGGAAAGGCGAAAAUUAACCAAGAAACAAUACAGAGGUUGCUGGAUGAAAACGACCAGUUAAUACGAUGCAUCACUGAGUACAUGCAGAAAGGACGAGCAGUGGAAUGUGUACAAUACCAACAGAUCCUGCACCGCAACAUCGUAUAUUUGGCAACCAUAGCUGAUGCCAGCCCAGACAACACGAUUCCCUCCUCAAAUUCUACAUCUAAUGAAACCUCAACACCAACUGUGAAUGGGCAUGGAGGGACAUGAUGAUGGCAGCUUCUGUCAGUGGAGAUGGGAUGUCAAAUAUUUGACAAUGUGGUUGGGAACGAUUUUACAUGACAA